AUGGACAAAGUAACGAUUGUAUUUGUUCUUGGAGCACCUGGGUCCGGCAAAAGGACACAGUGCGAAAAGAUUGUAGAGAAUUAUGGGUGGACUCACUUGUCUACUGGCGACUUGCUGCGGGAGGAAGUGCUGGCUGGCACGGAAUUGGGUCAGCAGGUCAACGAGAUCAUGGCGUCAGGCCAAAUGGUGCCAACUGACCUGAUCCUCGAGAUGCUGACCAACGCCAUGGCUAGCAGCGGCUCCUCCCGCUUCCUCAUUGACGGCUUCCCGAGGACUCUGGACCAACUUAUGGAAUUCCAAACACAGGUCAAGCCGUGCGACGGCGUCCUGGUGUUCAGCGUGCCUGAGGAGGUGGCGGUGGAGCGACUGCUGGCCCGGGGGGUAACCUCGGGUCGCGUGGACGACAACGAAGACGCCAUUCGCGAGCGCAUGAAUCUGUUUUGGAGCGACUCCCAGCCGGUGAUUGAGUUCCUGGCGGACAGCGGCGGCAAUCUGCAUGAAGUGGACUCCGCAGCGCCGGAGGAGGAGGUGUUUGCGGCGGUGGAGCCCUUCAUGGACGAGAUGGACGAGCUAGGUGAGAGCACACUGUGGAGUGUAGGUGUGUGUAGGGUAAAGAAGGGGGAAAACAAUAGAUAUUACAAGUUACAUAUCAUAUCACCAAAGGGAAAAAAUGUUAUUAUGCAUGGAGAAAAAUGA